AUGUGGCCACGUCCGUGCAUUGCCGGCAUUAUCACAACGAUCUACUCCACUUGAUUGAGCAGGUCCAUCCAUCCAACGGGUUGCGUUUUAUUUUAUUAAGGGCCAGAUCGGUGGUUAGAGUGGCUCAUUGGCGAUCGAUCGAGGUCGCUCACACUAUCACGCAGCUAGAGCUAGUGCUCGGCCAUGGCCGAGGCGAGCAAGCGCAUCGACCUCGCCGCGCCGCUGCUCUCCGUGCGGCGCCACGGCGGGUUGGGCCUGGGCGGCGCGUUGCGGUACGGCGAACGCUGCGACGAUGCCACCCCCCGCCCCGGAGGCGUGCCGUUCGGGUGGGAGCGCCGGCCCGGCCACCCCAAGGGCGUAGGCACGCCACCGCUGCCCGGGCCGGACCAGGAGGCCGCGGUGCGCUUCUCGGACGCGCUCUCCCGCCCCGACAGCUGCUACACCGUGAGCUGCAGCGACGCGGCCGGCGCGACGGCGUCGGCGGCCCCGAGCCCGAGCCCCCGCGGCAGCGUCAUGAUGGACCGCUUCUUGCUGGCGGCCAAGGAGCAGUGCGUCUUCCGGAAGGCCGCCACCGCUGCUGCCAACACGCGCACCCCCACCAGCGACAGGUUGCCGGGGCGCCUCCCUGUCCAGCACCUGCCGGCGAGCCACGUCCACGUGCAGCGUAACCAUGUAAAGGACGCGGACGGCAACGGGGAGGACGACGAGUGGGAGGUGCACAGCACGGCGGGCUUCGCGUCCAAAAGGAAGUGCGGGCUGCUCCCCGCGCGGUGCGCCAAGAGCGCCCUGCUGCUCCUGAACCCGGCGCGGUCCACGAUGAGGCGCCGCCGAGGCGCGCGACGCUUCCUGUCCGGCUGCGGCAGCAGCCGGCGCGAGACGAACCCGCUCCUGCCGCGGGUCGGGCAGCACCCUGAUCUCGACGCUGGCACGGUCACGGGAAGCAGCUGGGAGGAGGUGUACAUCAGCUCGCUGCGGCGAUCGGACCGAGGCGCCGUGCAUCCCAAGGCCACCCCAUCUUGGCCUGCUCCUGGUCCUCGACGGGGCCGACGGCGGUGCGGCCUCGCCGCUGCCGCCUCCCCAAUCCCAAGUUGCGUUCCCGCCGCCCUACCUCCCUCGCAGGAGAGGACCAUGGCUCGCCGUGACGACAAGAUGGUGCUCGCAUUGCCGUCGCCCAAGACGCCAUCGGAGUCGUGGCUCUCGCGUACGCUGCCGACCGUGUCGUCGAACAGGCUGACGGCCACUUCGUUCAUGGGGCUCCACGUGCAGCAGCUCAGGAAUCAGCGCGCUCCGUCUCGCUGGUGCUCCAGCGAUCAGGCCAAGGUUGUCGAUCAUGGCGCCAGGCCACGGCAGAUACGAAUAUAUGAUCCUUGCUAGUGUAGUUGCAUCCAUUUGGUUAUGAUCUGGUCAUGCGUUGCUCCACAGCUCAAUCUCUAGUAAAAGUAAUAAGCUCAUCCUGCUGCUCAGUUGCGUC